AUGCAGUUCGCCAGCACCAUCAUCUCCCUCCUGGCCACCGCCGCCACCGUCCUCGCCGCACCCGUCGAGGUCGCCGCCGCCACACCUCUCGAGGCCCGCGCCUGCCGCACCGUGGCCGCCUCGCCCUCGGGCGUAUCGGUGUCCAAGAACGCCCCGCAGUGGGUGAGCUUCGGGGUCCCGGCCAACGCCGUCGGCGCCUGUGAGCUCAAGGCCGUGUUCCCGGCCGGCUUCCCCAUCGCCGGCACCAGGCCCCAGGUCAACGUCAUCGAUGUCAACGGUCCCGCCCCGGGCGCCAUCGUCGGCACCGUCACCUUCACCCCGGGCACCAGCACCACCGUCAACUCCUUCGCCUGCCGCCAGGACAUGCAGUACAGGCUCGAGAUCGCGAGCUGGCAGGCCCAGGGCUCCGUCUCGUACCCGGCCCAGCCCGGCACUGGUCUGAUUAUCAACUAUGGCUGCUAG